AUGUCGUCCUCUCCCAAGCACCUGAACGUAGGAGUAGUCCUAUUCCCCAUCGCGCUGCCCCUCGACUUCGUUGGCCCGACGACCCUCUUCUUCACGCUGGAGAAAAAUGGCGUCCUCAGCUCAGACCCUCCUUCUCACACCUUGAAAACGAUCUACCUGGGUCCGACGCUCGAUUCCAUCGAACUAGCUGGAGGCAUGUUCCUCACCCCGAACAAGACAUUCGACGAGGCCUUGAAAGCAGAAGGCGAGGACAAGCUGGACGUGAUCCUGAUUCCCGGUGGACGAGGAGCUAGGCUCGGACCGGGCAACGCCGAAGCCAGGACGUUUGAGGCUACCGCAGAACACGGCGUUGACUGGAUCCCCAAAGCUCGAUAUGUCCACUCCAACAAGUUCUGGACCGCCUCCGGUGUCUCAGCAGGGAUGGACAUGGCUUGCGCUUGGAUCGAAUCCCUAAUUGGAGCGAAGGAUACUGAAAGGGUACAAGCUUGGGCAGAGUAUACUGCUGCCGGCGAGGACGAUGACCCUUGGGCUGCCAAGCACGGGCUGUAG